AUGCUGCAAAAGCUAGGACGGAACGAGGGUCAAGGACUCGGUGCCGAAGGAUCUGGUAUUGUAGAACCUAUUAAUAAAGCAAACCAGCCUGUCGCUAACUUAGGUCUGGGAGCGUCGUCGUCGGACAUGGUGUCGUCAGAGGACGAUGAGUUCGACGCCUACAGGAAACGCAUGAUGCUGGCGUACCGAUUUAGACCAAACCCUUUGAACAACCCAAGGCGGCCUUAUUAUUGA